GUUUUUCGGUUUGGCUGAUAACUGUCAUGUUUGACAUCUUUGAUAAGUUCUUCUUCGAGUGAAUCAUUUUUGUAAUUUCUUUUGAUUGUGCCUAAAAAUUCCACAUUUCCUAUUGUGUAUUUAAGGUCAUCAUCUGUUGACUGCCAAGAAAAGAUAUGGCGAAGAACACCUCUAGUUCGGCUUUCCGCAAAAUUGAUGUGGAUCAAUAUAAUGAGGACAACUUUAAAGAAGACGAAGCGGACGCAAUCUCAGCGACUGUAGGCCCAGAUGAGAACGAAAUAACAACACUCCUCACACAAGGGAAAUCUGUUGAGGCACUGGUUAAUGCCCUACAGAAUGCGCCCUUACGCUGCAAACAUCAACAAGUAAAGGACAACGCCUUGAAUAUAACGCUGCGUGUGCUGCUCUCUAUCAAGUCAUCACAGAUGGACCAAGCUGUAGAAGCGCUGGAACAAAACGACUUAAUAGACAUAUUAAUGAAGUAUAUUUAUCGCGGUUUCGAAAUACCAUCGGAAGGUUCUAGCGGACAUCUGUUGCAAUGGCACGAAAAAGCAUUUGCCAAAGGUGGUGUUGGAUGUAUAGUGCGGGUGCUCUCGGAUACGAAUCGAGCAUAAGCUUUAUUCGUAAUCGAACAUAAACUUAUACUUAAGUGAAUGAAAAGAGCAAACAAAAAGCAAAAAUUUGGGCUAUUAAUUCUAAUACUUCCAUAGCAGUACUGAUAUGAAUAAUUAUUUGAAACUAUUACAUAUAUGUUGGUUAUUAAAAAAAAUGUAGCAAUUCACUGGCGUAUUUUGUUGCAAUUGUUAUUGUGCAGGUCGUACUGCAUGAGUUUGCAUAUGGAAACCGGUGUGUCUGAGCCUGUCGUAGUCAAUAUGUUUAUCAUGUAUUUUUUUUUAUUUGUAACGCUACACUUCAAACCAGAAAAGAAAUUGUUCAUGUUUAUUUUUUAAAUAAAAGUAUUAAAGUGUUCAUUUUCACCACGUG